UUAGUGUUAUAUACCCUCGGAAUAAGUAAAUCAGCUCUUUUUAGAGCUUAACAGAUAUAGAUUGAAGUGUAGUAAUAGGAUAUAAUAAGGUACGUGAAAAAUAAAAGAACAAUAUAGAAGAAAUAAGGGAUUACGAGGAGCCCCUGGGUGAGGGGCGGAGAGAGGAGAGAAGAGGAAGUAUAAGUUUAACUCUGAGAGAGAAUGAAACGCUUAAGAAAACAAUAAGGAGACUCGAGGCAAGAUUAAAUGUUGAAAUGAACGAAGAAAGCAAUAAAGGAAAAAGGCCAGCGACGGAGGACACUUUGGACCAGUUAAUGAUAGACACGACGAACAAUGAGAUCGGAAACGAGGAAUGGAAAACCGUAGAUAGAAAAAAGAAGAAGGCGAGAAAGCAAUUGUUACAGACUGAGAAGAGCGCGGGAGAAACCUGCAAUAUGAAUGGCCAGAAGGCACGUGAUAUGAGAGAGGACCAAUCGGAACAGGAAAUGGAAACGGAGGGAGAAGGAGAUACGUUACCAACGGCGGACUGCAACAAAGGCUCGCAGUCAGCAAGAAGCAGCGAAAUGCAACAGGCAAACGAUAGGAAUAACGUGACAAUGGGGAAUGAACAAAGAAAAAGGGAAAUAUACGUGAGGGAGGAAGGUGUGCUUAAGCAUAUUAGUGAGAUCGAUGCGACUAAGGUUAGUAGGAAAUUAGAAUUCGAAGAAAACUUCGGCAGUAACUACAAAGUGACACUAAGGAUAAUGGAAAGAACAGGCGCAGUUAAAAAAGAUGCGAAUAACGCUAUCAAGAAGAUCAACGAGGACAAAGAAAAAGAAGGGUACAGAGCGGGAAUUAAAGACCGUGAUACAUGCUUCAAAGGUGUAGUACCAUUAUACCUUGACACAAUUGUGGACUUCUAUGAACUACUUACAAAGUCAGAGGACGUGGUGAGAAUAGAAAGAAUGAUGAGGAGAAGAUGGAACAAAGAGGAGAAUAAGGUGGAAUUCGAACCGGUAGACUCAGUGAUAAUCACUUUCAAGGGGAAUCAACCCAGGGAUAAGAUCAGUUUCUUUAAUGAUCUAGCAGUGCUAAGGGUAAGACCAUAUGUAGCCCCAGUGAUGCAAUGCUACAAGUGCUUUAGAUUCGGUCAUAGAAAGAUACAUUGCAAGAGUGAAGAAUAUUGUAUCAACUGUGGCGAGAAAGCACACGGUCACUGUGAUAAACCAACUAAAUGUCGUGACUGUGGUGAGGGGCAUAAAUCUACGGACAGAAAAUGUGACGUUUAUGAAAGAAAUCAAAGGAUCAAAAAAGUAAUGGCAUAUAAUAAUGCGUCGUAUAAGGAAGCUAUGGAAAUCCUGGAGGGUAGUGAGGAAGGCCCAACAGAAAUAUAUGACAGGUACGAAAAACCAGAUAAGUGGCCUCUCCUUAAUAGACAGAGGAUGAACCAGAGACAAAAACCUUUGUAUAGGGAUAAAGUGAUUGGCAAGGAAAAUAACAGGAAAGGAAAAGGAAAGGAAGGGGGAAAGGGGGGCGCAGAUGACUCAAGCAGUGACGACCUAUCAUUUUAUUCACCGAACAAUUCCGAAUCCCUUGGACGAGAAAAGAAAAAGGAUGACGGGAGAAAAAGGACAAAGGCACCUAUAGUGAGGACCAACUAUUAUGCACGUUUUGACACUAGAGAGGGAGAAAUUACGAGGGAAAAGAGAGGGAUAGCACUAACACAUGAAAAGGAAGGAAACAGAACAAACUUCUCUAGUAACGAACAGGAGGGCUACUCAGUGGGGAAGGCAUUGAUCACGGAGAAUGAGAAAAGAAAGGAAUUCAUAGCCAGGUUAUUGGUGGCAGUAGACAAGGACUGGGAUCUGAAAUCCUUGCUGGAACAAGCACUGGACGAGCUUAAACGGGAUAAGAGAUGGGAAGGAGAUUGGACGGUCGGAGAACAAGACAAGGAACAACAUCGGAAGGACAUUAUAAGAGACAGAAAUAGAAUUUAUAGAGAAGAAAGAAAAUACAGAGAAAAUAGGAUAGUAGAAAGAAUGAGACAGGAAUUCGGGAAGGGCAACGAAUAGCACAAUAGACGUAUCAUAGCAAUAAGUUAGAAAAUAAGAUUAGUAAUAAGGUAGCUCAUAAGUGUCACGCCAUAUAGUACAAAUAGAACCAUAGAUAACUUAUAAGACG